AUGAAAGUUUUCACACUUGACCGUUUGGCUAGUGAUGUGCAGGUUGUAACGGAUUCCCUGUUCAGCUCAGCGAACGCGAAGAAAUGGGAGGUGGAACUAGCGACUCUCAAGAGCAAUAACCUGAGGCUGACAGCAGCGCUUCAGGAGAGCACGGCUAACGUGGAUGAGUGGAAGAGACAGCUGCACCAAUAUAGGGAGGAGGUCGCCAGAGCGAGACAUUAUGCGGGAAAAGGCGGCGAUGCUAACGAGGUGGAGCAAUUACGACAGCGCGUAGCUCAGCUAGAAGCAGAAUUAGCGCAGAAAAACGAAGAACUCGCACAGAUCACUAAAUCGAAAAAGAGUGAACAGGAUGCCGAAGCAAAAAUGGCGCAGAGUCAGCUAGAGUUGGCGCUUGCCGCUCAAGACGGGCAGAGGCAAGUGAUUCAAGCCCUCAACGAUCAGCUCUCGAGGCAGAUUGAAGAACUCUCGACAAUCCACCGCGAAAUAAACACGGCGCUGCAGACAUGA